GCAAUGGCUACCACUGCCGUGGGUGAUAGUAGUGGCAUCAACAGUCAUGUCGAGGCAGAGAUUGCUGCAAUCGGGCUACAAGUUGAUGAAUUGAGAACGAUGAUAUCGGAGUUUCUGGCUCAGGCCCAGACAGAGGAGCUACACAUCGACAUGGAGCAUUUGGUUAGAGAGUUUCGAAGUCGUUAUACCGCCUUGAAGCAUAUUAUAGCUACCGACGUCACGCGUGUCAACAGCAAUUCUAUAAAUGCAUCGGCAAAGGCUAAAGUUGAUGAAUUGAGGGUGAUAAUUAUCGACUUUCUGAAGCGUGUUUUCCCAAUCUCUGAUACCAAAUUGGCCGAUGCGAGAGAGUUGAUACCCGAGUUGCAAGAUCGUUUCAACAAGUUGAACCAACGCUAUCCGUUUGCCUUAAAGAAGCCGGGUGAAACCUGCAUUCAAGGUUCUUUAGGCCCCAGAAUCGAGAUCGAUUUGACCUACCCACACAUUGAUCUUCUUCGAUACACUUUAGGCAUGGGCCUCGAACCUAGUGCUCGUUUAGGCCGGGAGGAUAAGAAGUCACUCAAUGACGAAUGGAUGGAGCAGGUUGGACGAGCAUUGCAUAGUCUGAAGAGACGCCUCCUGUGCCCAAACUGUGGAUAUGUCCAUCACUCUCCAAUUGCCACAGGAAUGAAACAGAGACUCAGCAACGAUAUGUACGGUUUCGAUUCGGAAGAUGUCACGUUGGAUGAGAUCAAUGAUUGGAAAGAUAGGAUGCUGGAGAUCGAGGAGGUAUACAUCAUCGAAACUGGGGUGCAGGACUCGCGCUACUUGUAAGGAUGAUUGGGAAUGGUAUCACGUUGAUGCUGAGGAAUGCGACGAAGCCAUACAAUGGGUUCCGAUUUUCUAGCAUCCAGAGAUGGAGCGGGCAGCAUUGUGGAAAGAAAGCCGGGCGAGCGAGCAAUUUUACACUUGGCUGAGGAUUGUUUAGGAAGUGGUACACUUGUGAUUUCUCUUAGUCGAGGCCUCUUUGGGCAUGAAC